AUGGAUCACAUACUCUCCAGAGGCAGCUGGGUACCGGUGACUGGGCUGGUUGUAUGUCUACUUCUGUGUGCGUGUGUUGUGGACCUGGUUCUUGCGCAAAUUCGGUACUCCAUUCCCGAAGAGCUGGAGCACGGAGCUUUUGUGGGCAACAUUGCCGAAGACCUGGGCUUGGAUGUGGCCAAGUUGUCAGCACGUCGGUUUCGUAUAGUCUCCGGCGCAAAGAGGCAGUAUUUAGAAGUGAACUUGGAGAAUGGCAUUCUCUUCGUCAACGAAAAGAUGGACAGAGAAGAUCUGUGUGAACGAAGCCCGAGCUGUUUUUUACACCUACAAGUGGUUAUUGAAAACCCACUAGAACUGUACAGAGUGGAAGUGGAGAUUUUAGAUGUGAAUGAUAACUCCCCCAGUUUCCCAUGGAGCGAGUUUAAUCUUGACAUCACAGAGUCGGCUGCUCCCGGCUCCUGUUUCCCGUUAGAGAGCGCGCAGGAUCAGGACGUGGGCACCAACUCUCUGCGCUCCUACCAGCUAAGCGCAAAUGAGCACUUUGUACUGAAUAUCCAGACGCGCAAUGAUGGGAGCAAGUUUGCUGAGCUCGUGUUGGACACCCCGCUGGACCGGGAACAGCAGAAAAGGCACGAAAUGGUUCUGACUGCCUUUGACGGGGGGUCACCGGGACGCUCUGGUACAGCACUGAUAACUAUCACAGUGUUGGACUCCAACGAUAACGUACCCGUAUUUGACCGCUCAGUUUACCGGGCAAGUCUGGUGGAGAACGCACCGAGGGGGACGCUGGUGCUGAAGCUGAACGCCACAGACCUUGAUGAGGGCUCCAAUGGAGAGGUGACCUACGCUUUUAGCGGGCACGCACCCCUCAAGGUGCGCGAGCUCUUCAGCGUGGACCCAUACACGGGGGAAAUCCGAGUGAAGGGCAUUGUGGACUAUGAGAAAGCCAGUGUGUAUGAGCUUUAUGUGCAAGCAAAAGACAGGGGACCCUCGGCUGUGGCCGUGCACAGUAAAGUGCUUGUAGACAUCCUGGAUGUGAAUGACAACGCGCCCGAAGUCAUCCUCACAUCAGUGUCCACUCCUGUCCAGGAAGACGCGCCACCGGGCACGGUGAUAGCUGUCAUCAGUGUUAUGGACCGGGACUCGGGAGAGAACGGAAACGUUGACUGCCAAAUUCCAAGCAACGUCCCCUUUCAGCUCCAUUCAUCUUUUAAAAACUAUUAUACUCUGGUGACAAGCGAGUUUCUGGACAGGGAAGCGGUGUCCGAGUACAACAUCACCCUAACAGCCCGAGACUUGGGCUCUCCUCCACUAUCCACCAGGAAAACCAUCCUUGUUCAAGUGUCUGACAUUAAUGACAACCCCCCGCGGUUCUCUCAACCUUCGUACACAGUGUAUGUGACCGAGAAUAAUGCCCCGGGCGCUUCCAUUUGCUCUGUAACUGCAUUCGACCCCGAUUCGAACCAGAACGCCUAUCUGUCUUAUUCUAUUCUCGAGGGUCAGAUUCAGGGCAUGCCCGUGUCCACUUAUGUCUCAAUCAACUCUGACAACGGUAAUAUCUACGCACUGCGCUCUUUCGAUUAUGAGCAACUUAGAAACUUUCAGAUUCUGGUGCAGGCGCAGGACGCUGGUUUCCCCCCUCUCGCCAAUAAUAUCACAGUCAACGUCUUUGUCUUGGACCAGAACGACAAUGCACCUGUUAUCGUGUCCCCGCUUCCCAAAAACGGCACCGUGGCCACAGAGGUGGUUCCGCGGUUAGUAGACGCUGGGUAUCUGGUUACCAAAAUAACAGCGCUGGACGCGGACGCAGGUCAAAACUCACGACUGUCCUAUCAGGUGUUGCACGCUACGGACCCGGGGCUGUUCAGCGUGGCUCUGUACACGGGCGAAAUCAGGACUAUUCGCCGGCUCCUGGAAAAAGAUGCAACAAGGCAAAGACUGGUAAUAUUAGUCAAGGACAACGGACAGCCACCGCUCUCUGCCACGGUCUCCAUUGUCCUCAACGUGAUCGACAGCGUGCCGGAGUCCCUGUCAGAUUUCGGAGACCUCACGCUCAGCCCACAGCCCCCCUCAAACCUCGCUCUAUACUUAAUCGUGUCACUGAGCACAAUAUCUUUAAUAUUCCUUGUGGCUAUAAUUGUGCUCGCAGCAGUCAAGUGCUACAAGGACAGGGAGACCCUCAGCGGGUACAACCUCCCCCCGUUCGCCUGCUGCUGUUGUGCGGGGUUUCAGCCCGAUCCGCCUCCGGAGGUGUUCAAAAAAUCCAACCUCAACCUGCAGAUUUCAUCCGCGGCCAAAGUGCCCACGAACUGUAUGGAGGUGAAUGGAAACAGCAGUCUCUCCCAGUCUUAUUGUUAUAAAGUGUGCCUGACUCCCGAAUCUGCCAAAAGUGACUUCAUGUUUCUGAAGCCGUGCAGCCCCGGCAGCACGCCGAGGAACAACGAGGCGAAAAGCGCAGAAAGCUCGUGGAACGCGCAAAGCCGGAGCGCAUCUGUGAACAAUGGAGCAACUACUCCAAACGAGCUGAAGCAGCCGAAUACAGACUGGACUCUUACGAAAAAUCAGAACUCCUCCAUUAAAAGUUAUAACUCCAUCAACAUGGACGGCACCCUCAUGCGUAAGGCCAUGCAUGCUGACCCAGAAAACUAUGUCACAUCCAUGGCGCCUGGACAGUACUGGACCUGGGGUACUCAGAUGAGAGGGGUGAAAGACUAUAAGAUGUCUCCUUCGACCAGUGGGAUCCCCUCUCGCCCCUGGACUCCUCGGUGCACACCUCCUCCCCAACAGCAGCAGCCAUCUAUCCCACCCAACCCUCAACCUCACCCUCAACCACACCCUCACCCUCAACCACACCCUCACUCUCAACCUCACCCUCAACCACACCCACACCCACACCCACCACCUGACUACCACCACAAUGUGUACAUCCCUGGGACACCAUCGGGCUUUUGCACCCUGAGGCCCACAGCACAGCGAAGCGAGCUGGACGUCCAUAAUUCCUUCUCCACCUUUGGCAAGAGGCGACGUCUUCAGAUGUCCCCCCAGGGAGAGGCUGCGAUUAUAAAUAAUGAUCUGUACAAUGACUGA